AUGGAGGAGGCAAAUGUCUACAAGGAGACCAAGCAAUUCACUUACAAAGACGGCUCUCAGUUUGUCUUCAUGGACUUGAGCUCUUAUGAUGAAACACGUUUAAACGAGGCAGAUAUGGGUGAUAAGACGAAAUGGCUUAAAGAAGGAAUGGAAUGCAAUCUGCUCUACUGGAAGGACAAGGUUAUCGAUUUUGAACUGCCCAUUACAGUUCAGCUAAAAAUAGUUGAUGUUGAUCCUGGUCUUCGCGGUGACACUGCACAAGGUGGUGGAACAAAGCCGGCGACACUGGAGACAGGUGCAGUAGUAAAUGUACCGCUCUUUGUAAACGUAGGCGAAGACAUAAUGGUGGACACAAGAACGGGUACGUACAUGAGCCGGGUGUGA